UAACAAGGUUUAUUGUUGUCGUCAUUCUCGUUUCUAAUAAAAACUUGUUCAACAAUUGCAACUAAAAAUUGCAUAACGUUCCCGAAAAUCGACUCCGGAAAUAUUUCAACUCAACUCAAAACCGGAAGUCUAAGGGUUUUAUAUAAAAAGUCCCUUCACUGACGAAAAAAUUAUCAAAUUUCAUUUAAAUUCGGAACAAUCAACAUCGAAAAACAAAAAAAAAUGAAACUCACAAUUGUUGUGUUAUUUGCUUGCGUAGCUGUCGCUCUCGGUCGUCAAGUCGUGCCAAUUUUAACGCAAGAAGAAGUUCGUGACGAUUUCGGGCAAUUUUCGUUGAGAUAUGCGACGGGAAAUGGCAUCGCCAGAACCGAACAAGGUUCCUUUAAGAGAACUGCCGAUGGACGGGCGAUUCUUGUGCAACGAGGAGCUUAUUCCUACAUCGGAGACGACGGCAUCACCUACACCGUAAACUACAUCGCCGACGAAAACGGCUUCCAAGUCGUCGGAGAUCAUCUCCCACAACCAGUUAUCGCCUAAAAACAUCAACUUACCUUCUUA